GUUAAAAGGAGAUAGGGAACCAAUUCUGUCUUUAUUUUUGGGUCUCAAAGUGGAAUGUCAGAUUCAGUCUGGGUCCUAUUAAACAGCAGGUUAAGAAACCCUAUAUUAUAUGAUGGGAAUGUUCUCCUGCUGACACAGCAGCCCCAUGGCACAAGUCAGUUGAUGUUGAAGAUCAACGUUUCUCAUUCCUUUUCUCCUGACCUGAUGCCACAAAAUGGUUUAGUAGAGGAGACUCACAAUUUAAAAUAAAGACAGAUGUGAACCGCUCAAAUAUGUUUCCCUUUCUGUUAUUCCCUUAUGGAAUUAGAUAUAUUUGUGCAUGUGAAUAGAGUUCCAUACAAAGAUGUGAUGUAUUUUCUAUACAUGACGACAGAACAAGUAAUAUUGGGGCUGUUUCUCCCCCUACAGACGCUCCUGCAUGAAAUGAUCCACUACUACCAGCGUAUCAAUGGUACCCGUAUCUUAGACCAUGGGCCGGAAUUUCAGUAUCACAUGGAGCGUAUCAAUAGAGAAAGUGGAGCAGAUGUUACGAUCGAUCAUGAUUUCUAUGAUGAAUACGAGUCACUGAAGCGCCACAGUUGGAGAUGCAAUGGCCCCUGUGCACAAGUAGUGAGACGGGUAAUGGACAGGACUCCGUAUUCCAAGGGGCACAAGCGCGAAUGUGGAGGAGAGUUUAUAAAGAUCCAAGAGCCUGACGAUAGUCCUCCAAACAAGAGAAUGAGAUUGGACCAAUAGAGUCACUUUGGGAAUAUUAUAGAGACUUUGUCCUUGGCUAAUAUGCUGCUAACAACUGUUUUGCCAGAAUAUAAGGCAGUGGCACAAAAAUGGCCCAGUUCUCAGCUGCUGAAAAGAAAAGGCUGAUAUCCAGAUAGGCCUCAUGACUGACUAUUGCCAUGGGCAGUGCAUUGUGCCAAAAAUGUGCCAAGAAAAUGACAAUGACAAGCAGCCAUAAGAUAAUUAUUGACUAAUUUAUAUGAGGCAUGGGCCCAGUGCAAGCAAGAAGAGCAAAACUUGCUACUGAACUGGCCAGUAGAAGGGAUACAAGUUGGAUACUGUGACUAUUCCAAUGGAUAUAGAAAUCACAUCAAGAGUCACACAGAGUCUAAACAAGGAACAGACACAACUGAAUGGAAUAGUAUCCCUGAUGCCCCUUCUUGCCUACAGCACUUGGCACAGCGUUGAACUAUGGAAAAUGAAAUACUAUCCAGACAUAACCUGCAAGAAGUUAAUGUAGCGGAUAGAUCAGUGAAUUACAUUUUCACCAUCCUUUAAUGUAAAAAAUAUCUUUCUGUAUUUAAUUUUAUAAUAUACUUUUUUUAACAAACAA